UGUGUAGCAUCCUUUAGUAUGCAUCUGCGCUGAAUGGUGUGGAAUGGUAUAAGCGGCUGAAUUCGUUACAUUUUACGCGUUUAGAAGUUUGGACUAGGCGUAAAAAUUUACUUACGCUGUCUAUUGCGGUGAUAAGAAACAAAAAUUUUCCAUUCUGUCAUGGAAAUCAAAUAGAAGAAGUAUAUACAAUGCAUUGACAAGCAACAUUCGAGGAUUUCGAGGUAUCGUCGCGAGAGAGUUUCUUCCUUUUUCACAUAGAAGAGUAUAAUGCAAUGCAUUGUUAAACAUUCGAGGAUUUCGAGGCUUCUUCGCGAGGUUUCUUUCUUUUUUUUUUUUUUUUUUUUUUUUCAUAAUAAUUAUAAGGCAUUAGCUUUGGCGUGGGUGUGUAUAUGCGCGUGCUCGCGUGCGUGUGUUGUAAGACGUUGUUUCCAUUUAUAAAGAAAAGACAGGGAAAUAAAUAUUUCCUACUUAAGAGAAUGGAACCGGAACCAUUAGACCUAGAAGAUGGUGAAAUCGUCGAUGAUGAGCCCAACGACGUUUUUGGAGCCUAUAAAAUUUUGCAAAGACCUCACGUAAAACAAACACCUGUCACAGAUGUAUGUACAAAAAUGCGAUAUAGCGACGAAUCUGACGAUUCUGCAGAUUCCGAAAGUGAUUCGGACUCGGAUUCUAGACAGGCUAAUGUUAAAAAACCUAAACUUAGGUUGAAAAAGAAUAAGCAUCACGUCGGGAAGGAUUCGACAACUAAGAAUGACAAGUACAAAGUAUGGUGUACCCAAAUGCAGGAAGAAUCUUUGACCGAAGACUUGACGUCGUGCGGCGUUACAAAAAAGUUGUAUCAAGAACGUAGUGUCGAAAGUUACAAUUUUACUCUACGGUACGCAGGGAACGGUGGCAGGGAACCUUGUAAUAAUAAUAGUUCCGACGAAGAAAAGGACAUUGAACGUAGAACAACUAAUAAAAGGACGACGUCAGAUAGACGUGAUGUAAAAUUGAGAUUAGGAAAAAGGAGAAACUCCUUUCAGGUGGAUUCAGAUAGUCAAAAAGGCUCGGUUAGAAUAAUACCGGAUUUAUCUACAACUGUGGAUUCGACGGAUGCUGACGUUGCUACUGACAUAACCAUGAAACUCGGUGAAAGAAAAGAGCUUCUCAUAAGACGAGUGGUGGAUAUAAUUGGUAAGCAGAAAGCUAUCGAUUUUUUUCAAAAGACGAAAAAGAUUGAACAACACGGUGGAAUGCUUAUAAUGAAUGGAUCUCGUAGAAGAACUGCCGGUGGAGUAUACUUUUGGUUGGUGAAAAAUGACAAACAUAUCCCUCAAGAAAAGAUAAGAGAGAUAUUUUAUUACGAUCAAAAAGAGAGCAGUGAACGAGGAAAGAAAACCAGCGAUUCAGGACGACAGAAGACGCAGGAAUUAAUGAGAAGCUUUGAAGAUGGAUCCGAAAAAGAUUUACCAGCUUUAUUAACAAGAGCGGAACUCUCGACGAGACAAAUUGCAGAGGAAGCAAGAUUGCGACGUGGCGAAGGCAUGGACAGAAUGCCGGUAGAUUCCGAUCGCACGGUAUCAAACCCACCACCGAGUCCCGUAACGGAUGAUCCAGAUCAUUCCGAGCAUCCACCGGUACAGAGACAGGUUCAAGAUUAUACCGACGAUUUCCUCGACAUUGGAGUGGACAUAGAUAGCAUGGAAGUGCUCUAAAAUUACAUGCUUGAUCUUACAUUUGCACAUACUCCAACAGUGACUUGUAUAAAUAAAUGCUUGUAAUCAGUCGCACGAAAAAUACAUAUAUACAUAUAUACGU